AGAGUAGGUGAUGCACUUGAGUGAAGCAUUUCCUUUCUGUUGCUCCAUUCCACUCAGUGUUAAAUGAAUUCCGGCAAUAACUGUGAAGUAAGCAACAGACGGGUGCCCCGUUCAGGGUGGGAGGCGUGUUGUCUCAAUCACUGAUAUGCCUUGGAAAGCGAGUUAAACUUUGGCUUUACGAAUCCUACAACUUGUGAAAGAUCAAAGACUUCUCAUAGUGAAUAAAAUCUGUAAACAGCAAUAAAAGAGGAUGAUUCUGAUAAGAUUAAGCGAUCGAAUUUUUGGACAAUACGGAAUGGAGCAAAUCUAAUCUUUAAAGCCAACUGGUGAAAGUAAAAAGCAUGUUUCGGUCUUAUUACGCCUCCUCGGUGAAGCAUAUUUUGUUCAGUUGGUAAGAUAGGGAAGUAACAUUUGACAAGUCAGUCUUAGAUACUCAUAAAGAGUAAAAUGGAUGGCCAUGGCUGGAAUGUCUGAUCACGGAUCUGUUCGACUGGGACUGAUUUGCGGCAAAACAACAGGAGUCCAAUGAGAAAGCCUCUAGAAAUAGCAGCCAAAUUUCUCUAAAAUCAUAACUUUAUGACAGAAGGGAUGUAUCGAAUAAUGUGGUCCUAGUUACGUUGUCUUAAAAUAAAACGGGGAAGUCAUGGGUGGAACGCUUUUAAUCAAAUGUAGACUCUCUCACGGAGCUAAACAACGAUAGCAACUUAGUUUUAUGUACUUGACUGAUCACGGUGACAUGAAGUCUGGAUACUGGGGAAAUUGAUGCAAGGGAAAUAACUACCGAUAACUUUACAGCGGUUGCCAUUAGUUACCACGAGUUUAUUGAUGACAAUAUAUUGUGCGCUACUGUCAACCGCGAAACACGAAAGACCUGUUUAACAAUGGAAAAAGGGAAAGAGAAAAAGUCAAGCAAGAAAGAGAAAAAAGAUGUUAAAGACAAAAAGUCAGACAGAAGUAAAGACAAGACCCUUGCAGGAGAAUCUGAUGAACUCACAGACAAGCGAUCAGAACCCUACAUCUGUACAGGAAAUUUUAUAGUUGAUUUUGAGGAAAUCUGCCAAAGAAAUUCUGUCAGUGUCGUUCCUGAAAUUGUACCAAGAGCAAAAUGGCCUUCUCAGAGCCAACCAAACAAUAUUGUUUCCAUUGACAGCAAGGUUGAUAAAGUAAAGAGUCCACAGAAAGUAACCAACCAAGUACCAGAAGCAGAAAUAGAGACUGUUGAAACUCCUGAUGACAAUGGUGAGGCACCACCCAAAACAUUCAUCUUAAGAGAAGGAUAUGAAUAUUUUAAGCCUCAUAUCCAGAUUGAAAUGGAGGUUAAAGAGAAACCUGAAACUGUGUCGGAGAUAUAUAUUCGAGGUUGGAAAGUUGAUGAGAAAUACCUAAAGAUAUUUCAGAAAUGUUGGGUCUCCUUGGAAAAAUUAAAUCUUAUCAGUCUUUGGGACACAGGUCUUGAUCAAGAUUCCAUACAGACUUUGGCGUCCUUUCUUCCCAAAUGUUCUAACCUCAAGAAACUCUACAUUGAUGCCAACUACAUCAAAUAUUCUGAUUAUGGAAUUCUGCUGCAGAAAAACUGCAACAUUCAGUUCCUAUCUCUGAGACACUGCAAAAUAACAGACCAAUCUCUCUACAAUAUCACCCAGGCCAUCAGUGAUUCCGAACCAUGUAAACUCAUCUCACUCAAUCUUACAGGAAACUUUAUAACAGAUCGUGGAGCUAAAUACCUUGCACAUGUGCUGCGGAAGAAUCGAAGUUUAUUGAACCUUGGAUUAGCCAACAACCAAAUCGGAGAUGAAGGAGCCAAGGCUUUUGCCGGUGUUCUGUCAAAAUUUACACUGAAUGAUGAUGAAAUUUUUGAGAGGAGAAAACUCAUAAUGGAAAAACAAAUUGAUGAUAUGAAAAAUCCAGUCAUAUGUUUACCCCCAGAGAUACUGUUACCCCCAGGCCGCAAAAGUGAAAUGCGUGAUGGAUCUACAGUUUCUCUACGAACAACCGCAUCUGACAAGAAGGAGAAGAGAGAAAGAGGGAAAGGGAGAAAAGAAAUAAAGUCUGGAAAGGACUUCUCAGUCAAAGAUGACGAAAAGGGUUUGAAGGUAAAGAAGGAUAAAGAAGACAAGGGUAACAGUGCUGGUACCACUCCUGUUAGUGCUGUCAUAAACCAACCUCCUACUAGUUCCAGUACACCAUUUGCCACAAGUCAAAGUUCUGCAAACCUAUCAUCAUUCGGAAAAAAGUUAUCAAAAGAACAUUCUGGAAAAAGCACGAGAUCUCCAACAGCACAAGUAUCAAUAACCAAAACUUCUACAGAAAUGGAGGGAAUUACCAUCAUGGAACAUGGCCAUCCUCUCAUGGGUAGAGUUGAAUACAACAGUGUGAACAAAGAACUUUGGGUUACUGGCAAUAAAAUGCUCAAAUGCUUAGAUUUAUCCCGUAACAAGAUUACCUCCAAUGGUAUUAAAGAGUUACUAGAUUCCAUGAAGAAACAAUCAGAGCAGAAUAUCACUGAACAAUCUGGUCUGUUCCCUGGACUUCUUUGUUUGAGAAUUAAGAAAAACUUGGCCCCUGAGAAAUGUCCCUAUGUAAAGGAACUAAAUGAGUUAAUGGCCGUUCGGGAUCCAGUACGCAAAUUAGUGAAAGACGAAAAUGGUAAUUAGAAAUAACGACUCACUGAUGAAGCAGGGUACCAUAGACUGUGCUGCUCUCUUCACUUGCCAGACAUUUUUUUUAAUAAUUCAAGUAUUUUCAUUCAUUAAAAAAAAAAAGUAAAACAGUUACAAAAAAUGUUUUAUUUAAACUAAA